AUUCAUCGACAUUGUGCCCAAAAUCGUAACCGUCAAAUCAAAACCCGAAUCUCUUUGGUCAUUACACGCACGAACUCCAACCCUCUUUUUCAUCUUCUUCUUAACCCUCCGCCGUCAGCACCGUGCCGGAGCUUCAAAAGAGUAUGGGCAUGGAUUACUACAACAUACUAAAAGUGAAUCGAAACGCGAGCGACGAAGAUUUAAAAAAAGCAUACAAAAGACUCGCAAUGAUAUGGCACCCAGACAAAAACCCCGUCAACAAAAGCGAAGCAGAAGCCAAAUUCAAACGCAUUUCCGAAGCCUUCGAUGUUUUAAGCGAUCCACAGAAACGUAAGAUCUACGAUUCAUACGGUGAAGAAGCACUUAAAAGUGGUCAGUUUCCACCACCUCACCAUUCUUCAUCAUCUUCUUCUUCCUCUUCGCGGACAAAUCAUAAUAAACACCGUCAGAAUACUACCAGUACGUUUCAUUUUAGUCCUCGCGAUGCCGACGCUAUGUAUGCUGAGAUGUUUGGUGCUGAUGGUCCGGAAAUUGGGGGUUCUCGUAGGGAUGGCUUUUUUAGGACAUCGAAUGGGGUGCCUUUUGGUGGACAGGCGAGGAAAGAUGCUGCUGUUGAGAUGGCUUUGCCUUGUAGUUUGGAAGAACUUUAUAAAGGAGCUCAUAAGAAGAUGAAGAUCUCUAGGACUAUUACUGAUUUUUUUGGGAAGAGUCGGAAUGUGGAGGAGAUUGUGACUAUUGACGUAAAACCUGGCUGGAAGAAAGGAACAAAGGUUACCUUCCCAGAGAAAGGUAACCAGGAGCAUGGCGUCAUUCCAGCGGACGUUAUCUUUGUAAUAGAUGAGAAACCACAUGCUCUGUAUAGAAGGGAUGGUAAUGAUUUGGUGAUCAACCAAGAGAUAACUCUUGUUGAGGCUCUUACAGGUAAAACCUUGGAACUCACAACCUUAGAUGGAAGGAAUCUCAUGGUCCCAUUGACAGAUAUAGUCACGCCUGGCGCUGAAAUUGUUGUCCCUGAUGAAGGAAUGCCUAUUUCAAAAGAGCGUGGCAGGAAAGGAAAUAUGAAAAUUAAGCUUGACAUCAAGUAUCCUUCGAGGCUGACUCCACAGCAGAAAUCUGAUCUGAGAAGAGUCUUAAGUUGAAUCACAUAAAUUUUUGUGUAUGCACAUUGUUAAUUUAUUAUGAUGUGCAUGCUCUGUUUAUGCAUGUGAAUAGCAGGAAUACUUCACGGGCAAAAUCGAGCUCUAACCAGGGUGCGAUACUAGACUUUUGGAUUUUUUUUGCAGGGUAGGAAACGUAAGUGAAUGACAGGAAUCGCCAAUCUUGGUGAAACAAAUAGGUAGAGAUAAAUUCUGCUUGGUUUACAUUAUUUUAGGAUUAUUUUGUUUUUCCAUUUGAUUAAACUCUCAGAUUGCUGAAGUCUUGAUUGGAUCAACAAUCAAUCACGUUUUACACAAUCUAAUUGUAUAGAUUGCUUAUUUAUUUAUUGGGGGUUAUUUGAUUGAUAUUCUGUUUUA